UCCUCGCUGUUUCCUUUCUCUGUCAGUCCAUACAGUCUGUAGAACAGAAUCAACAAUAUGGCCGAGGCGGCGAUCAUUACAACGAUUUGUGAUCAUAAUGGAUCUAUGAAUUUCGAUGAUUUAAGAUCAAUAUGCGGUCUGAAUAAUGAAGACAUGGAGUCGGUCCUCGGCAGGAGUGAGUGCUUCGUCGUCGCGGUUAUAAACGGACAGAAGAGCGUGAUCGUCCGAACCGAAGUUCGCCUGUGUCGAGCGCAGAACUGCUCGGGCUGUGCGGGUCUGCACCUGUGCAAGUGGCAUCUUUUCGGUUCCUGCCGCUUCGCCAAAGGAAGACGAGGAUGUCGGUUCAGUCACGAUCUGUCGUCUGAUCAGAACGAGCCUGUGCUCCGGGCUCAUGGUCUGAACACACUGGACGUAAAGCAUCUGUGUAUUCUGCUUCUGCAGAGCGACCACUCUCUCCUGCCGGCUGUGUGUCAUUCCUAUAAUAACGGCACGGGACAGUACGGCCGAUGUCAGGACGCCGAGAACUGCAAGAGACUCCACAUCUGUGAGAAAUACCUGCGUGGAUCCUGCGACUGCACUCGAGCCCACGACUUCUACGAGCCUCAUCCACUGCAAGCCCUGCAGGACAGAGGCGUUCCCAGCGAACUCAUGCCCAUCAUGAAGGACAUCUACUCCAACAUUGAAGUCCUGAAGCCUCGUUUCAGAAACCCUAGAAGAGGCCCGAAUACUGAGAACCCCAGAAGAGGCCCGAACGCUGAGAACCCCAAGAGAGGCCCGAAUGCUCAGAACCGAAGGCCAUCGAAUGGUUUUAGAGGACAAGAGGCUCAGAGGCCUCCACAAUCCCCUAUAGAGAAAACUGAGAUCUGCAUGUAUUUCAUCAAGGGAUUCUGCAAGCACGGUGACUCAUGUUUUAAGGAGCAUUCCAGUCUGCCCUAUAAAUGGCAAGUUAAGGAAGGAUCCGAAUGGAAAGCGCUUCCUCACGAGGCCACUGAGAAAGAUUACUGUGAUCCUAAAAGUAUAUACAGCUCUGGAAUCAACCAAAUUUAUUUUGAUACAAUGACCCAAGGCCCUCACAGUGUCCGACGUCUGUCCACGGUGUCGUCCGUGGUCCAGCCCACCUUCAUUCUGACCACUGAGUGGCUUUGGUACUGGGAGGACGAGAAUGGAAACUGGAUCCCGUAUGCUACAGUGGACGGGGGUCACAGCUUGUCCUCCAUCUCUAGUGCUGAGCUGGAGCAGAAGUAUCAGGCUGAUAGCAGUGCCGUGGUGGAGUUCACGGCCGGAUCGCAGUCCUACACCCUCAGCUUCCAGGAUAUGAUCCAGGAAAACAAACGCUACUCAACCAAAAGACUCGUCAGACGUCGUCCCAGAUUUGUGUCGGCAGCUGAUGCGCGAACAAUCAAGACAACUAAAAGGACAUUCACCAAUUUAAAGGCUCUGCCGGAACACUGGGAUAAAGCUCUGACUCCUGAAACCGGAUACAAGAGAGUGUCGCUGCAAAGCACGGCCGGUGAAUACGUCAAAAUCAACGACCUGUUCAAUCGCACCAUGAGAGGCUUCAGCGUUCUAAAGAUUGACAGGAUCCAGAACAGAGCAUUAUGGGAAGUGUUUCAGUGGCAAAAGGACUGCAUGAAGAAGAGCAGCCGAGGCCGAGACGUGUGUGAGAAGCAGCUGUUCCACGGCACCGACCGCAAGCACGUCGACGCCAUCAGCCUGAACAACUUCGACUGGAGGAUCUGCGGGACGCACGGGACCGCCUACGGGAAAGGAAGUUAUUUUGCCCGAGACGCGAAAUACUCGCACAGCUACACUAGCGACGCGGGCACCCGCUGCAUGUUCGUGUGCCGGGUUCUGGUGGGCGACUACACGAGAGGAAACUCGGAGUACCUGCGGCCCCCGUCUAAAGAUGGAGGAGACACCGUGUUCUACGACAGCUGUGUGAACGACGUCCUCGACCCGUCCAUAUUUGUUGUGUUUGAGAAGCACCAGAUCUACCCCGAGUACCUGAUCGAGUACAGAGACUCGAGUGUGUGUGAGGACGUGAUCGGCAGACCCGCGGUGACGGUGAGGAGACCGGCUCCUUCAUACAGCAGCGUUAGGGUCCCUCCAUCAUACGCCACAACUUCCUCAAGCGCCUCCUCUUCCUCCUCCUCACAUGUUUAUCGCUCCUCUUCCUCCUCAUAUGUUUCUCCCUCCUCUUCCUCUUCCUCACAAAUUUAUCCCUCUUCUUCCUCCUCAUAUGUUUCUCCCUCCUCUUCCUCUUCCUCACAUAUUUAUCGCUCCUCUUCCUCCUCAUAUGUUUCUCCCUCCUCCUCUCCUUUCUUAUAUGUUUCUCCUUCUUCCUCCACACAGAUUUAUCGCCCCUCUUCCUCUUCCUCAAAUGCUUCCCACGUACAGACUUCCGCUUCAUCUUCAGCUUCAGCUUCUCCAAAGACUGCAAAGUCUGAUUGCAUUAUUUGCUGAUCCUCCAUGUGAUCUGAGGCUUGAGGAAGCCGGUAAAAGGAAGUUAAUGCUGAUAAUCACGUUAUAAAUGUUACGCAUUAACUGAAAUGGCAGAAGAAGAGAUGUUCUGGGGUCGGGUCCACCAAGAUAUGAUUUUAUAAAGAGAGGUAUAAUUCUUUCCAACUCUUCAAAUAUUACAGUUUUUAUGCAAAUAACAUAUUCAUAUCUUUUUUUCUUUGGAGAUUGUACUUUGAGAAGAAUUGUAUUCUUAAUAGUAAUGUUUGGUGAACGGCCCCUCUCUGGAUAAAGUCGACAGAUCUUUGUCCAUUUAUAUUAAACAAAUGAAUUUGCAAUUUCAUGCACUUUAUAAAAUGUGAUUUCAUUAAACUCUGUCUAGUGUUGUGAAAUUAAAAUGACUUAAAUCCAAAAAUGCCUCCUACAUACAUCCGAGUGUAGCGAAUUAUUGAGAAAAAAAAAAAAGCUUUGGUUGUGUGCACCGGUUGUGGAUUGGAUGUUGAGAUGUGGGCGUGGCCCUGCAGGGGGCGGGGUUUAAGAACACUAAAUGAUUGGAGAACCUCAGCUUGAAGAGUGAAGACUGUGCUUUCAUUGGAAGAUCCAGUUAAAGAUUGCAUUAACAAAAAGAUCUAUAACAUGAAUUUAUAAAACAAAUGAAUUUUUGAAUGUAAAUGUAUAAUUUGUCUUGAUUUUACUUUGACUGAACUUUGUAAUAAUCUCAAUAUUUGAGAUAAUUGUCACAAUAAAGUACACAACUGUA